CUCCACUUCCCCGCCAUUCUGGGGUCAACAUUCCUCAUAUUCAACAUUCUACUCUGUAACCCAGCGAAGCACACCUCCUUCCAAGCUCUGCCCUUAUUUAUAGUUUCUGAGCUGUGACCCCCUUUUUGCAGUAACUCUGAAACAUACCUUCAAACUCUCUCCAUCUCUCGCUCUCUCUUUAGGUAAUGCUCUUGUCCUUCUCCUCCACGUUUCCUGGUGGAACUUGAAAGCUGCUAUUCUUGACAAUGAUGUAACUGCAUUUGGCUUUCAAGUUGACUUUUUCCCCCCUCAUUGUUGUGUUGGCCCUUUUGUGAUCCAACUGAAAUCUCUGCUCUUCUUCUGCAGGUUCGAAAAUGGGGAAGCAAUCUUUGCUGCACUUGCUCUGUGGAGUUUGUCUGCUAGCUGUUUUGAGCGUUUCCUUGGUCAAUGCAGAAAACCCAUAUCGGUUUUACACUUGGACUGUCACUUAUGGCACCAGUUCUCCCUUGGGAGUGCCUCAGAGGGUUAUUCUCAUCAAUGGCCAGUUCCCUGGUCCUCAACUGGAUGUGGUCACUAAUGACAACCUUGUCAUCAACCUGUUCAACAAGCUCGAUGUGCCUUUCCUUCUGACCUGGAAUGGGAUUAAGCAAAGGAAGAAUUCAUGGCAAGAUGGAGUUUUGGGAACAAAUUGCCCCAUCCCUCCAGGAUCCAACUACACUUACAACAUCCAACCAAAAGACCAGAUUGGUUCCUUCACUUACUUCCCAUCCACUGGCUUCCACAAAGCAGCUGGUGGGUAUGGAGCCAUUAAUGUCAACCAGAGGCCUGGAAUUGCUGUUCCUUAUGCACCUCCUGCUGGGGAUUUCACUCUCCUUGUUGGUGACUGGUACAAGGUUGACCACAAGACGUUACAAAGUUCUAUGGAUUCAGGAAACUCUCUGAUUCCACCACAUGGUGUCCUUAUAAAUGGCAAAACUCAAGCUACCUUCAAUGGUGAUCAAGGCAAAACCUACAAGUUCAGGAUCUCCAAUGUGGGACUGGGUCUAACUUUGAACUUCAGGAUCCAAAGCCACACCAUGAAGCUAGUUGAGGUUGAAGGGUCUCAUGUGAUGCAGAACACAUAUGACUCUCUUGAUGUACAUGUUGGCCAAUCUGUCACCGUCUUGGUCACGUUGAACCAGGCUCCUAAAGACUACUACAUCGUUGCUUCGACCCGUUUCACCACCAGGAAGCUGUCUGCAUCUGGCAUUCUGCACUACUCAAACUCCAAAACUUCGGUUUCUGGACCGCUACCUGCUGAGCCAACUUACCAGCUUCAUGGCUCCAUGCUGCAGGCCAGAACUUACAGGUGGAACUUGACAUCAAAUGCAGCCAGGCCAAACCCUCAGGGAUCUUUCCAUUAUGGAACCAUAAAAACAACCAAGACCAUUGUACUGUCCAAUUCAGCAACCAAAAUCAACGGGAAGCAACGCUACGCGGUGAAUGGGGUCUCAUAUGUAAACCCCGAAACUCCAUUGAAGCUUGCAGACCACUUCAACAUCGCUGGAGUUUUCAGCAUGAACUCACUCAAAACUAAUCCUACUACUGGUGCUGCAACUCUUGCUACUUCUGUAGUCCCAACUUCCCUCCAUGAUUUCAUCGAAUUCGUGUUCCAGAACAACGAAAACACCAUGCAGUCCUGGCAUCUAGAUGGCUCUUCCUUCUGGGUUGUUGGCUUUGGUUCUGGUCAAUGGGCACCAGCUAAGAGAAACACUUACAACCUUGCUGAUGCUGUUGCCAGACACACCACUCAGGUGUAUCCAAACUCAUGGACAGCCAUCUUGGUGUCAUUGGACAACCAAGGGAUGUGGAAUAUGAGAUCUGCUAUAUGGGAAAGGCAAUACCUUGGCCAGCAAUUCUAUCUCAGGGUUUGGACUGCAGAAAAAAGCCUUGCCAAUGAAUACAACAUUCCUUCCAAUGCUCUUCUCUGCGGCAAAGCUGUUGGGAGGAAACCAUAGAAGCUGUACGGAUGAAUGAAUAGAGUUUAAUGCU